AUGUACAAUCCUUUUUUCCUCUCUUUAAAGGACGAGCAAGUCAUAGCUGCUGAUCUCUCGGCCAAGAUAAAUGAAGCUUAUAAAAUCCUCGUGGAUCCCAUCUCUCGAGCCGAAUACAUCCUCUCUCUUCAAGGAAGCCCUGCUACCGAGAAAGAAACAGAGCCUGUCGAUAAGGAGUUCCUCCUUGAGGUAAUGGAACUCGGUGAAAAACUGGAAGAGCUGGCGUUAAUCGCCAAGUCAGACGCACCUAAUGAAGACAUUGUAAAGGAACUAGAAGACAUUUGUGCACAUAUCAUCCAGCGGCGCACGGAGGAAAUGAAUCUCCUCGCGGAAUACAUAAAAUGCUCUCGAUGGGAGCUAAAACGCCUUUCAACAGGUUAUCUAUUUGUAUGUCGGUCUACUGUAAGCGCUUCGGAUGAUGAGGUAAAAAUCGAAACAGUGCUGCCCUGA